AGGGAACCUCACUUCGAAAGCGCAAACCUGCCCUCACCAUCGACAAACAGCGAUCUAAGAGUGCUGGACACUGGCAUUCGGGUCGCAUGAUGCUGGACUAGUGACAAACUUAUUUUGUCUAGGAAGCAUCCAUUGGUUACUCGCCAGUCUCACGAUUCAACCACCUCACCUCAGACUACCGUCUCCAAGCACCACGCGAAAAAUAUUCCGAUAUAUGCUCCUGGCUUGAGGUUUUUACGUCUCCUCUGGGGGGCCUGUACUGAAUAUGGCGGCCGCCACGGUGGAUAUAGGGUUCCUCUCUGGAUACCUGAACCUACCACAACCGUCACUAACAGAGGCUCUGGACUCACCAACCACGGAGCUUGUCAACGCUGUCCUUCUUGCUGUCAGCACCAAGGCUCGUGAACACCAGGAGCUUGAAGCAGAUAAACACCAGGUCGAUACAGAGUUGGAAGCGGCCAUACUUGGCUCAGAAGCCAGAACGAAAGACCUACAGCAAACCGCGGAUAAGGCCCUGAAGGAAGCAAAUGAACUCCGAGAGAAGCUUGCCGCUGAAGAAACCGCACGCGUUUCACUCGACACCGAGCUUCAACAACUUAAAUCCUCGUCAUUCACUUCAUCAUCAGAAGCCGACAGCCUGCGCGCUCGCAUUACCAGUCUCGAAGGCGCCAACCGCGAUACCCUCUCAAUUGUGGCAUCAAAGAGUGCUGCAAACGAUUCACUUGCACAAGAUCUCCAGAAACAACACCAGAAGGGCCUGGAGCUAAGCCAACAAGUAUCGACGUUGCAGCAAUCAGUACAAAACGCAAACUCAGCUCUGUCAAGCGCUAAAUUCCGCGAGCAAAAUGUGCAGCAGGAACUCGAGCAGGCCAAGAGGAACAACGAAUGGCUUGACAACGAACUGAAGACGAAAAGCGCAGAGUCCUUGAAACUCCGCAAGGAGAAGGGUGCACGGAUCGCAGAACUACAACGACAAAACGAAGAAGUCACCGCCAAUUUGGAAGCUGCGAAGCGCACCGAGACUGCACUGCGCACUCGACUUGAGGAGGUGCAGAAGAAGGCAGAGGAGUCCCUGGCUAAGGUUCAACAGCUCCAGGAAAUUGCCGCAAACACAGAAGAAGGGUUCAGACAGGAGCUAGAGAGUUCAAGGCGUCUCGCCGAGCUUCAGACGCAGCGAACCGAGACCCAAACCAACAGAUUGAACGAUCUAGAGGCGCAACUGGAUAAAGCAAAGGAUGAUUUGGCGGCAGAGGUAGCAAGGCACCAACAAGAUGCUGAGGCAGACUCCCAGGAGCGAGACAGGCUAGAGCACCGUAUCGCAGAGCUCGAAGCUGAAGUUGAUCGACUCGAGGCUGCUGCAUCUGCCACAUACCCUGCCUCUGUUCCAGGAACUCCAAGACAGGGCCUCAAUGGCUUAUUCCGAAGUGGUUCACCAGGUGUUUUUGCAACGCCUGGCUCGACAAGGAAGUCUACCAUUACUGCAACACAAGCAAUUGAAGAGCUGUACAAGGUUAAGGGUCAAUUAGCGACUGAACGACGAAGAACCGAGCGCCUUACAGCUGAAAUGGAGGAUAUGAUGCAGGGUCUUGAGGCAAAGCAGCCUGAAAUCGAGGAAAUGCAACAUGAGCACGAACGCCUCCAACAAGAGAUCGUCGAGAUGUCUAAAUUCGUCGACGUGACCGGCAAGGAAAGGGAUAGGGCGAAGAAGGAUGCAAGAAAGGCUCUCAGCGAAGCCAAGACAUCCCAGGCUGAGUUGGAGAUCCUCCGACAGCAGUUGCGCGAUCUCAGUGUCCAAGUAAAGAUGCUCCUAUGCGACUUGGAUGCCCAGCAAAGAGGAAUGGACUCCUUAACAGGGCCAGAGCGCAUGCAGUUGGAGCGUCUGGCACGCGGCGAAGUCAGUGAAGACGCCCUUCAAGGUCUCACUGACACGGACAAAUUUAUCAGCCAACGCCUCACAGUGUUCCGAAGUGUAAGCGAUUUACAGGAUAAGAACCUCGAGCUACUGACCCUCACAAGAGAGCUCGGCGCAAAGAUGGAGAGUGAGGAGGCUCUUGCCGAGAAGCACAAGGCCUCGCAAGACCAUGAGAUGGUGCAGCAACUGGAAAGGAAGGUCGAGCAAUGUAAUGACGAGAUCCGUUCCCUGGUUGCCAGGUCCGAAAGCUACAUCAAGGAGAGAGAUAUGUUCCGACGUAUGUUGCAGCACCGUGGUCAGCUACCUCCGAACUCUGACCUCGAAUCUGUUUUCGGCCAAUCCGUCAAUGGCGAGGUCGUAACCAGUGUCGAGACUCCAAACGCGAAGGACAGUGCCAAUUACGCAACUCUGUUGCGCGAACUCCAGAGCCAUUUCGACCAAUACCGUGAGGAGCAGUCUAUUGAUCGCCGAACUAUGAAAGAGCAGGCAGGAAAACUUGCGUCGGAGAAGUCUGCACUGCAGUCUGAGAUUGCCAAAAUCAACAGCCAACUUACACUCGCCAACGAGCGUUACGAAAUGCUUCACGCUAACUACGCCAUGCUCCAAAACGAAAACGGUGAGCUUCAAAAGCGCUCUCAAGUUCUUUCUGAAAGCGCAGCGAAGCAGGAUCUUAGGACCCAGCAGGUUGCGGAGGACUUGAUCGAGGCAAAGGGACUUGUCGAGAGUAUGAGAAACGACAUUGCCAAUCUCAAGGCCGAGAAGAAGCUGUGGACUGAAAUUCAAGGACGUCUCAACGAAGACAACAACAAUCUGAUGAACGAACGAAGCCAGCUUAACACUCUGCUCGCCAAACAGCAAAACCUACAAAACGAACGCGAACUGACAGAAUCCGAGUCGAGACGUAGAUUGCAGACGCAACUCGAGACUCUCGAGUCGGAGCUUUCUGCGACAAAACGGAAACUGAGCGAUGAAGUCGAGGACAACAAGAAGGCUCAAUUACGGAAAGAAUACGACACUCAACAAAGCCAGAAGCGCAUCGACGAGCUUGCUACCUCAUUAAGCACGAUCCGCGAGGAGUUGGUUGCAGCAAAAACCACUCGCGAUCACCUUCAAACGCGCGUUGAUGAGCUGACAAUUGAGCUGAAGAGCGCUGAGGAGCGUGUUGAGGUCCUUCAACCGAGACCAACCCCGCGACCGGGAGCUAACGGUACAACCGCUGGUGACGAGCAGGCAGAGCAGGAUGCCAUCAGCAGAGAGCAAGAGUUGGGCAUCGAAGUUUCAGAACUUAAGAGAGAUCUCGAAUUGGCGAAAUCGGAGCUUGAGAACGCAAAGACCCAGACCGAACAAUACAAGGGCAUUAGCCAGUCUUCAGAAGAGGACCUCCAGAAGUUCCAAGAAUCCCAAGAGGAGUAUCAACAGGAGAUGGACAAGAUUAUCGAGGAGAAGGAUGCCAAGAUCCGAGAAUUGCAGCAGCGUGUUGAUGAUCUCUCUACUGAGUUGAGCACCACGGAUACUGAGCUCAACAAUCUUCGCAACGAGAAGGCUGAGACCGCCCGCCGUACUGCGGAGGAUAAGGCUGUAUUGGAAGCGGAGAUUACGCGGUUGAAGGACGAGGAUGAGCGACACACUCUCGCCUUGCAGUUCCACCAGCAAGACUUGCGAGCCCAGGCGGAGAUUGCGACAAAGGCACAGCAAGACUACGAAAACGAACUUGUUAAGCAUGCCGAUGCCGCCCGACUUCUACAGGAAUUGCGCACUAGUUACAAUGUGCUGAAGUCAGAGUCAGCAGGCCUCAAAUCUGAGGCAGAAUCAGCAAAGGUGACUCUGAGCCAAAGUCAGGCCUCAUGGGAGGAGCGACGAAACCAAUUUGAGAAGGAGCUCCAGGAGCUGCGCCGCCGGAAGGACGAUAUUUCUUCCCAAAACACAAUUCUCUUGCAGCAGUUCGAAAGCGUUAGUGCGCAAGUCACGGCUCUGCAACAAAGCCGCGCUGCCGCAGCUGAAAAUGGCGACGCGGAAACUGCAGAGGCGACAGCGACUUCAGAUAAGACAGUUGAAGGCCUCCGUGAGCUCAUCACAUACCUUAGACGUGACAAGGAAAUCGUCGAUGUACAAUACGAGCUUUCCAUCCAAGAAUCUAAGCGCCUCAAGCAGCAAUUCGACUAUGCCCAAUCCCAACUCGACGAAGCCAGACUCAAGUUGGAUCAGGAAAGGCGUGCCCAAGCCGAUGGGUCCCGCAGCAACUUGGCUCAUAAAGACCUCAUGGAGAAGAUUAACGAGCUUAACCUCUUCCGCGAGAGUAGCAUUACUCUCCGCAAUGAGGCCCGACAAGCCCAAGCCCAACUGGCAGACAAGACAAAGCAAGUCGAGGAGCUUAUGGAGAAGAUCCAGCCCCUGGAGAACAAGGUCCGGGAGCUUGAGAAUGCCAAGGAGAUGCAAGAUGGCGAGGUGAAGCUCUUACAAGAAGACCGUGACCGCUGGCAGAAGAGGAACCAAGAGAUCCUCUCGAAGUACGACCGUAUCGACCCCGCUGAGAUGGAGCAGUUGAAGGCUUCGCUGGCUUCGCUUCAGGCUGAGCGUGAUGCACUUACAACCGACCAACAGCCACUUCAGGAGAAGGUGCAGACGUUGGAGGGCGAGAAGGCGCAGUGGCAGGUGUCGCGCCAGAAGCUGAUCGAACAGGCGAAGGAGCGUUCGCGUGUACUUACUAAGGAGAAGAACGAGCGAGUUGCCGAACGCACUGCUGAGAGAGAUGCUGCGAUUCAGGAGAAGGAGGCGCUCGAACAGCAGCUGUCAACCGUCCAACAGCAACUGAACACUUCCAUACAGGAGAGACAGGCUCUGGAGGAGCAGUUGACACGCAUGAAAGCCGAGAGUGAAGCUAACAAGGAGGAUGCCACGGCAGCACCCACUACUGAUGCCACUGACAGCGCAAACCAGCCGCAGGUUGCUACUGAACAGAAUGCUGCGGUUGACCAACAACUCGACGCGGUUCGCAAAGAGCUUGAGGUUGCAAGGAAAGAGAAGGAAGACGUCGAAGCACAACUUGCAAAUAUCCGCCAAGAACUUGAGACCGCUCGAACUGAAAGAGAUCAAGCCGCAGCUAGAGCAGCUCAAGCCGAAGCAGCAAAGCCUGCACCGCAAGCCGAUACUUCAAUGGAUAGUACAGAGGAAGGCCAGGUGGAUGAAACUGCUCCAUCAAAGCCCACCGACGAUGAACGCAAAGCCCUUGAAGAACGCACUCUUGCUGCCGAAACCAGGCUUCAGCAACUCGAGGAGUCUGUCGAAGCUACACUCAAGCAGAGAUCCGAGAAGAUGAAGACAGCACUCAACAAGAAGCUCGCCGAAUCAAGAGACACUACCAAGGCUGCUCUCGAAGCGGAAUAUGCUCUCAAACUUGAGCAAGAAAGAAAAAUAUGGCUCGCCGAACAAGGCGCUACUGAGCCAAAGGUGCCGGCCACUCCGAAGACUGAAAGUGCUCCAGAGGCUGCACCGCCAGCUACUCCCUCAACACCAUCGGCAAAACCUCCUACUCCAAUGGGCGAACUCACCAACCUCACCGAUGAACAAGUGCGGACUCUUCUCACCACAAACGCCACACUGAAGAAUAUUUUCACUGGAAACAUCAGGAAAAAGAUUGAAGAGCAGACCAAGAAAUUGAAGGAAGAGUUCGAGAAGGAGAAGGAAGAGGUUGUGAAGAAGGCUGAUGAAGCAAAGACUAAGGCUGUAAUCAUGGAGGGCAAAAAAUCAGAGCUAAAAAUCAACUUGACCAACAACAAGGUUAAGAUGGCUGCAGCUAAACUGGAGGUCGUCGAGAAAGCUGCUACUGACACGCCUGACAAGCCUGUUGGCGAAGUUUGGGAGAUUGCCAAGAACGCGAAGCCGCCGCCCAAUGUCGUCCCUGCCCCGGCACCGACUCCAGCCGCUGGCUCUGCUAUCCCUACUCCAGGUGCCAAACCUGAGGGAGCUCCAGCCGCGUCCGGCAUUCGAGCACCGUCUGUUUCUGUUCCAGGAACAUCGCAAGGCUCGCGUCCAUCGACCCCCUCUACCCAACAACCCCAGGCAGCGCCGGCAGCUACGACUCCACAAGGCCCGGCUCAAGCCAAUACUGCUCAGGCACAAGGUUCAAACAUACCUGCUCCGUCUGGAAUACCAUCAGCACCAGGAGGGCCCCGUACUGGUCUUCCUGUACCUAGAGGCGGCGGCGCUCCACGCGGAAGAGGUGCGUACCAAGCGCCUCGCGGACAGAGCGGCAUUGGGCGCGGGAGAGGUGGAGGUCAGAACCAAAGAGGCGGAAUGAACGCUGGUGCUCCAACAUUUGCUCCAAAUGCUGGAACCAAGCGACCGCAUGACGAUGGUGGAGGCGUAGGACAGCAGAAGCGGAUGAGAGGUGGUGGUGGCGGUGGUGGUGGACAAUAAGGGUGAUUUGCAAUGGUAAUAUGGAGAAGGGGGGAUGGUAUUUGGAAGGAAACUGGACUUGACGUGCAUUUCAUUUGUUGCUAUGUAUUAUAUUGUGUUGCAUAGUUUACGUGGGCUGGCUGGCUAUAUUGAGCAUUGGCUUAGGCUCAGGCGUAUGAAUGGGGAGGGGAAGCUUUGGUUGGGACUGAGAAAAUGGAGCCCACGGUGGUGGAUGGAAAAUAAAUACAAUUAAGGACUUCAAAG